AUGGCAAGACAGCAGCACAUGGAAGACUACGGGCAUCUGAAGCACACCAGCGGCGGUUCACGGAUUCACAUCGAAGCGUCCACAUUGCCUGGCCAGGUCUUUGAGCACUACUACUGGUAUGUAUAUCUCUCAAUAGGGUCCUGCGACCGACUUGAGUUGUACAUCUUGUUGCGACGCGGCCCCUGA